AGCUACACAGACUGGAGUGAGAGACAGCCAUGGAAAGGUGGAGAGCGGACUGUUUUCUUUGUUAUUUUUAAACUCUUUCUAUUCGCAUCAAUGACACGAUUCUUAGUGAGCUGUGCACGCCACAAUUUCCGAUGCACUCGAAAACGGCAAGUAGGUGUUCACAGGACAAACUCUUUCAUAGUGGCAUAAAUAAAGGCCAGGAUCUUAUUGUUUUGUGGAGUGGGCUGUGUUGGGACGGGGUGUAUGGACGCUGUGAAUAUGAGCUUGAGCGACAAGGGGGGGGGUUACCUGGUGGACCUGGGAGGCAGUUUCACUGAGGACGCCCCCAGACCCCCGGUGCCUGGGGAAGAGGGAGAGCUGGUGUCCAGCGAUGGACGCCAAUACAGCCACAUCUUCUGCUCCUCCAAGAACGAGAGCCUCAAGAAUGACGCCUCUACGGCCACCCCCAGACGACCUGACCAGGAUCUGGGCUAUGAGCCGGAGGGCAGCGCCUCCCCCACACCUCCCUACCUGAAGUGGGCUGAGUCUCUUCAUUCCCUCCUGGAUGACCAGGACGGGAUCCACCUGUUUAGAACAUUUCUCAAGCAGGAAGAGUGUGCCGACAUGUUGGACUUCUGGUUCGCCUGCAGCGGCUUCCGCAAGCUCGAGGCCAAUGACGGUCACGAGGAGAAGAAGCUAAAACUGGCAAAAGCCAUUUAUAAAAAGUACAUCCUGGACAGCAAUGGAAUAGUGUCCAGACAGAUCAAACCAGCAACUAAGAGCUUCAUCAAAGACUGUGUGAUGAAGCUUCACAUCGAUCCAGCCAUGUUUGACCAGGCUCAGACUGAGAUCCAGACUAUGAUGGAGGAGAAUACCUACCCUUUGUUCCUGAAGUCAGACAUCUAUUUGGAAUACACCAGGACUGGGGGAGAGAGCCCUAAGUUGUACAGUGACCAAAGCUCAGUUUCUGGCAAUGGGAAGGUUCUACCAGGGUAUCUGCCAACAUUGAACGAGGAUGAGGAGUGGACAUGUGACCAGGACCCGGAGGAGCAGGCUGAGUGUGAUCCAACCCCUAGCAACAGGCUCACGCAGAAGCUGCUCCUGGAGACCGUUCCUGUGCGUGUUGCCAGCAGCAAGAGAUUCCAGGACGGUCACGAGUACAGACAUGCCCCAUGGCGUGAGCCUGUCAACCCAUACUACGUCAACACUGGCUAUGCCAUGGCCCCUGCCACCAGCGCCAACGACAGCGAGCAGCAGAGCAUGUCUAGCGAUGCAGACACUCUCUCCCUCACCGACAGCAGUGUAGACGGGGUCCCACCGUACAGAUAUCGUAAGCAGCACAGACGGGAGAUGCACGAAAGUGCCAAAGCAAACGGGCGAGUGCCUCUACCUCAUAUUCCUCGCACGAACCGGAUGCCAAAGGAUAUUCAUGUGGAGCCAGAGAAGUUUGCAGCAGAGCUCAUCAGCAAACUGGAGGGCGUACUGAGGGAGAGAGAGGCCCAGGAGAAGCUGGAGGAGAAGCUGAAGAGAGUACGACUGGAGGAAGAAGGGGAUGAUGCUGACGUUUCCACAGCAACAUCAUUGUCCAGUCACAGACUGCCUCCUGGUGCUCAUCCCCAGCACUACAACUCCCGCUACGCUGACAUCAGCUACAACGGCCUCCUGAGAGACGCUCACGAGGAGAACCCAGAGAGCAUCCUGGACGACCACGUCCAGCGUGUCAUGAAGACGCCCGGCUGUCAGUCCCCAGGCACGGGACGCCACUCCCCCAAGUCCCGCUCGCCCGAGGGAGGCAAGGGGCCUGGUGUUGCGAUGCCACUGCCCCCGGGCCCUGCCAAACACCUCUCCCGGCAGGGGCCCAAGGGGGACAACAGCCACUUGUACCACCACAAACACGUUCACCACAUCCACCAUCCGACGGGAGGGAAGCCCAAAGAGCAGGUGGAGGCUGAGGCAGCCAUGAGGGUGCAGCAUGGUAGCUUCCCCUGGGGCAUGGAGCAGCACCACUACGGGCCCAAGUCUCGCAACUACGCCGAUGGCAUGAGCCCCAACCCCAUGGAGCCCGUGGGUUACAGUAGCAAAGGUAGCACUCUGUCGAAAAGGCCCUUCAAAAAAGGGGAGGAGACGCGGCCCUAUGAGAUGCCGGUGCCUCCGGACGAUGUGGAGAGGAACCAGAAGAUCCUCCUGUGGAUGAUGGAGGGAGAGAAGGAGGCUGUCCGUCACAAGAAGAGCCCCUAUGGGAGCAUCACAGGGUCGAAGAAGGCCCCAAGCCACGAGGCGUCUCGGCCCAGCUCAGUGGAGAGACCUGGGGCAGUGCACCCGUGGGUCAGCGCCCAGCUACGCAACAACGUGCAGCCCUCCCACCCCUUCAUCCAGGACCCCACCAUGCCCCCCAACCCAGCCCCCAACCCCCUCACCCAGCUGGAGGAGGCACGAAGGCGGCUUGAGGAGGAGAAAAAGAAAUCUGGUACCUUACAGACAAAGCAGAGGUAUGUGAUGGAGGUGAUCCAGAGGGGUCGCGCUGCCGUCAGGCCCGCUCUGUUCCCACCCCUCAGCGCGGUGCCUGCCGUCUCCGACACAGAGCUUUCCGAGCCCGAACAUAAGGCCACUAAGAAGCAGCCCUGUGAAAACAUCACGGUGGCCUACUACUUCUGUGGAGAACCUAUUCCGUACAGGACAUCUGUCAAAGGGAGGAUUGUCACCCUGGGCCAGUUUAAGGAGCUGCUGACUAAGAAAGGGAGCUACAGGUAUUAUUUCAAGAAGGUAAGCGAUGAGUUUGACUGUGGGGUGGUGUUUGAAGAGGUACGUGAAGAUGACGCAAUCCUGCCCAUCUUUGAAGAGAAGAUCAUUGGGAAAGUAGAAAAAAUUGAUUGACACUAAAGGUUGAAGAGGAAGGCGUUAGAGCGGAUGGACUGAUAAGCUGCUGGAUGGAAACAGAGGUGUUAGAGUGGAGAGGCAAGUGGCAGGAAAGGCAUGGCAGCAGAUAAGUGGAGCUACAGGUGAAAGUGGAUGAGAAGAGGAAGGGCUUGUUGUAUUCAUGCUGUGGGAGACUAUUGAUUCUGUUCAGCCCCACUGAAUAGGUAAGGCAUUGGACUAAACCAGGGAGACGGUGGUCUCUCCUUCAGUGUCCAGAGUGUAAUGUAGCAUUGUCAAAUUAGAGUAGAAGAAAAAGUACUAUGAAUCUGCUUACUAAAGCUGCAUAUUUUUGAUAUGAUGUAUCAGAAGGUAUCCUUUCUAAUGUAACCAUGCUUGUAAUUUUUAUAUGUACUGGUACCAGAUAUGUACAGAUUGUCUGUUUUAAAACAUAACAAGAAAGUUUUAUAUCUAUUUAAAUAUUUAAAAGCUAUCUGUUUGACUUUAAAGCAGAGGCACUGUUCAAAUUUGACAUGAUCAAGAUUUUUUAAAGGGCUGUUUUUUAAAGUAUUUUAGAGCCCUCAUGGGAAACUACAAAGCCCAUGUUAAACCAAGUGCUUUUAAUCUUAACACUCAACCUACUAGAGCUCUUGUCAUGUGGUAUUCUGUCAUAACGCCCCUUCUACCAGAUUGGGGAUCAGUGUCAAUAGUAACAUCAAAACAAUCUCAUAAGAUGUCCUUAUCUGACGAAGCCUUUGUGUCUUUUACUUUCCUUACCUAUUAGCUCUGUAAGUGGUGCUGAUGUUUUACUCCCAGUGGUGUUUAAUGUUACCCCUACUACUUCUAGACAUUGUCCACGGAAGGCCAUUCUCACAGACAGUACUCAGUAGCAUACUGCAACAGGCAAAGCCAGUAGAUUUGAUCAGAAGUGCCAACAGUUCAAAUGUGUGGGCAGGUGAGGACUUAAAUCUUUUAUUGAUUUUCUCUGUAAUGAAAGGGUCAGUACGUGGGUUUAUUUACACGCUGUAAAGCUAAAUAGAGUAUUGAUCCUGUGAUUGGUGCAGUCACAUGCUCUGGGGAUGCUAUUGGAUCACCCAGUGUCACUGAACAAUAACACCACAACCCUAAUGUUUACACCCACUUGCUCCCAUCACAAACGGAACUGAAUUACUACUUCUAGCCUUCCAUAGCUUGUUAUAGCUAUAAUUGGUGCCUGGCAGGAACGAAUUGUUAAAACAAAAUAUAUAUAUAUCAGUAUGAAAUGAUCUACGUUUUGCGAGGUCACACUACACCAAAGAGAACUGUAGGAACAAGUUAUAUCAUGUCCGUCAUUCUUGGAGUCGUUUAUUUACCCUUCCACACGCAUGCGUCUUUUCAUCGAUGGAUGUAUUAGUAUUUGAUCUCUUAGCUUCCAAAUCCUUGUGUGAAAGCGGGAGCUCUUGCACAGAAUCUCAGAAUGUUGGGAAUGUUAGAGAAUGGUGCUGGAGUCAGUGCAUGGAGGAAAGUGCUAAUCAUGACCUUUGUUCCUAGGAGGAUGAGGACUAGUAGGCAUUAUAAGGACCUUUUAAUCAGAGUGCUGUAUUGUUGGGUAUUGUGUCGCAUAUAUACCCUAUGUAAGGAAGAUAUCCUUUCUGAGGUGCUGGUUUUUGUAUUUAUUUAGAUGGAUAUUUUUUAAAGCCUGUAUAAAGUUAACAUAUCUAGUGCAUUACCCUCUGUUGCACCCGUUAAAGAAGUGAAUAACCAUAUUUUGUUAUGUUUUUAUAAUAAUGGGAUAUUGACUCUAUCCGCAACAAUAUUGGUACUUCAUGGUCCGUGACUAUAACUAUAAUGUAAAGUUUGAUUAUCUGUAGAAUGAUGAUUAAUAUAAAAUAUUUUCAUUUGUUUCAAAUGGAGGACAUCAACUCUUAAAUGAUUCUUGCUGUGAAAGCCCCAAAGUGAACUUUCCCUACUUAAGAUCAAUGAAAUGUAUAUAAUACACAUCACAGAGUGCCUUUAUACCCAUCCUCCACUGUCUACCAUGUGAUUUUUAAAUAUCUGACUUUCAAGCAUUUAUGUUAUUGGUUAGUCUCUGAUUAAGAACAUUUUGGUUUAAGUGUUUUCCAGUCAUAUCACUUUGGAUAAGCCUUUUCCAUGUAAAUAUGUACAAUUUUAAAUGUCUUCAACCAGCAAUUCUUUUUGAACUUUCAGUACCCUGGAACCAUGUCUUUGUGGUGACCCGUGCUGUUUUCAUUAUCAUUUAAAGGUACUUGGACAAUAAAUUCAUGUAAUAAACCAGA